UUUCGUUUCUUUCGAACUAACGUUCCCGCGCUGCGUUGAUAAACUGGUCUAUAUUAUGGGUUCUUCUCUUGACAAACCGGCUGAUCACCAAGCAGUGUGUCCCCUGUGCCACAACGAGGUUUGGGAUAUGAUCACACUGGAAUGCGGACACGGAUUUUGCAAGAAAUGCGUUAAAGAGCUAUGGAGUGGCGCAUCUGUGGGCCCUUACUACUGCCUGGAGUGCAACCAUGAAAUCAGGAAGCUGCCAGACCUCUUUACUGGAGACACCGACCGAGCUUCAACAUCUACAGGCACACGCACAAACUGGGGUCUUGGAAGGCGGCUCUCUGAGCACUACUCGCCAAAAAAAUUGUUAGGGAAAAGGAAGUUUAGCUCAGGUUCCUUCAGACUGAACAGCGGUGGUUACAGAUUAGGCACAGGUUCCUCUGAGAACCACACCAUCGAUGAAUCAUCUGCAAAUGAGACUCCAGCAAAAAAGAAAGCAGCCACAGAAACGCCUUCACCUGAAAAACAGUCUCCUAUACCGCACACUUCUUCAGCAACAACCAUUCCUCAAGAAGAUGGUCAAAGAGACAAAAAGUUUGGCGAAGCAUCCUGUAGUGGAAUGCAGACACCAAAAAAAGAUUCACCACAAUCAACCAAGUCCAAGGAACCCCCCCAAAAAUCCGCAAGUUCAUCCAACUGCGAUGAGGAAAAGACAAGAAGUCAAAAUAAUCAGGCUUCACAAUCUUCUAGCACCUCUAAUGAUUCCAGUGAAAGGCCUUCAAAUGGCCACUCAAUAACCUGCCACUACUGCUCCAGUCGUGAACCGAGAACAGCUUUGAAGACCUGCCUGGUGUGCGGUGCCUCCAUGUGCUCAGAGCACCUGCGGAUUCACCUGGAGUCACCUGUGUUCCAGAGCCACCCACUUGUGCCUGCCGUGGACGAUGUAUCGCACUGGCGGUGCCAAGAGCACCAGGAGAUAAACCGGAUCUACUGCCGUCCUUGCGGGUUGUGUGUGUGUACAGUGUGCACAGUAAUUGGCUCGCACAAGGAUCAUGCCUGCAUUAGCAUCAAAGAGGCCGAAAAAGAGCUCAGAGCCUCUUUAAAAGGUGAAAUGAAAAAGAUCCAGACAAAGGAAGCAGCUAUCUUAAACCAUGUGAAGAAGCUCACAGAAAAGAAACACAGUGUUCAGGAGUCACUGGAAAGAGUGCGUGCUGCAGUAGUGCAGCAAUAUCAGGCCAUGCAAGAGGCUCUGAAGCUCGAGGAAAAGCAGGCUAUGCACUGCAUUUCCCAGGAAGAGGACAGAGUCCUGAGGAGCAUCCAGACGCAACUCGACGUGCUCAAUCCAGCCCUAACAACUAUUCAGCACACUUUCCAUCCCCUGACGAAUUUAACUGACACACACGGACCAUCACGGCUCCAGGACCAGGCUUUCAUCAUGGAGUACAAAAAGAUAACUGAGUCGUUGAAUGGCUUGUCUGAUCCUGUGGAGAAUCUGGAGUCAGUUGAGGAAGUGAACCAGGGCAGACUGGACUGCCUGCAGGACUGGACAGACAAGAGACUUGAUAUUGUAGUCAUCUCCAUGCCUCACAGAGACCCAUUUAGACUGCUGUAUGGUGUUAGUCCAUGCCUGGACCCUGACACGGCUCAUCAGAAGCUGCUUCUCUCUGCUGAGGACAGACGCGUGGAGUACACUGAGGCGCAGCAGGACUACCCAGAUCUAGAGUCUCGCUUCAGCAUUUUCCCUCAGGUGCUGGGUAAGAUAGCACUGUCCCAGGGCCGCCACUAUUGGGAGGUGGAAGUAUCUGUAGACGAGGGCCGAUGGAAAGUGGGUGUUUGUGAUGAGCACAUAGGCAGGAAAGGGCAGAAGGAUGCCUCCCGUCUUGGCUUCUACCCAAAUUCCUGGUGCCUGGUUUACGAGAAAGGCAAGGUAGAAGCGCUGCACGAUAAGGCGUCUUCAUCCGUCUGUGCUCCUGGACUGCGGAAGGUUGGAUUACUUUUGGAUUUUGAGGUUGGAAGCUUGUCAUUUUUCAGUGUAAGUGAAGAGGAUACUCUUACUUUAUUGUACAGCUUCCAGCAUAAGUUCUCUGAGCCACUUUAUCCUGCUCUGGCAGUGUCCAAGACUCAGCUCACUAUUUGUGACCUGUUUGCACAAUCCACUACAGACUGAAAAUGAGAAAAGUGAAAUGAUUUUAAAAUCAUAAUUUUUAAAGAUUACUAAACUUAAAACACAAUAACUGCUGAGCAAUAACUGGAUAUUUUAAGUACAUAAAACAUUGUAAUUUUUUCACUAAUAAUGUUUUUUUUUAAAUCAUUUACAAAAAUGGAUCAAUAUAAAACUACAACUAGAAAGUAAAUAAUCAAAAUGAUUGUUUUUCCAUGGUCUGCAUUUUUUUUUUACCAUUUGUUAGCUAAAAAAGGUUGUGUAUUUUACUAUAAAAUAUUUCAGAUUUUCUAUAAAUAUCUCAAUUGCCAGUGCUUUUUGUCUGUGCAUUUUUUGUAAACUCUUUAUACUCAGGAGUAUUGUAUAUUUAUUCAUGCUGAGGAAUCGUGUUAUAGACUUUGUUAGGGCUACUUUAUGUGAGUAUAAGUGGUGUAUUUUUUUAUUUAAGCUUCUCAACUAAUCUGGCUUAUUCUCAACAUUUGUCAUAUAUAAAAUAUUUAUAAUAACAA